AUGCCUACGCAGUCGGAUUCAGCUAGCGAUGUCGAGGCUUCGCAAGGCAGCGCUCUUGGGGACCAAGUCAAAUCCUUUCUUGCUGGAGGCUUCGGAGGAGUGUGCGCUGUUCUAGUCGGCCAUCCAUUCGACCUCACCAAAACGCGCUUACAGACGGCGGGGCCCGGGGUUUACAAGGGGGCUGUCGACGUCGUCAAGCAGACUCUCGCUCGGGAUGGUAUAACCGGACUUUACCGUGGUAUCGUCCCUCCGCUUCUGGGAGUCACGCCCAUCUUCGCCGUGUCAUUCUGGGCCUAUGAUACCUCCAAGGCGCUCAUCUAUGCAGUCACCCCGAACCGGACGAGCAAAGAGCUGUCGUUGGGAGAGCUUGCUGCCGCGGGAUUCCUAUCGGCAGUCCCGACCACGGCCAUAACUGCGCCAGUGGAACGGGCGAAGGUUGUCCUACAGGUAGACAUAGAGGGUAAAUAUAAAGGCGUCACAGAUGCUAUGCGCCAUCUAUACAAGGAAGGCGGUCUUCGCAGUAUAUUCCGAGGCACAGGUGCAACGCUAGCUAGGGAUGGUCCCGGGAGUGCAGCGUAUUUCGCUGCGUAUGAAGUCACAAAGAAGGCGCUUACACCUGCAGGUGGAUCACCAGCGGACCUGAACCUUCCCGCCGUCAUCCUCGCUGGGGGUACCGCAGGAGUGGCCAUGUGGGCGAUUGCCAUUCCUCCGGAUGUUCUCAAAUCGCGCCUGCAGUCCGCACCCACGGGUACAUACUCUGGCAUGAUGGAUUGUGCGAGAAAGACCAUAGCCGUUGACGGCGUAGGAGCCUUAUGGAAAGGGUUCGGACCGGCGAUGGCUCGGGCAUUCCCUGCAAAUGCAGCAACGUUCCUGGGGGUCGAAGCAACCAAGAAACUAUGGGAGCAAUUCUUCUGA